AUGGUGCUCAGGUACUGUCCCAGGUGCCCAUACUUUUCUGAACAAUUUACCAGAGUGCUCACCCAUAUAGGAGUUGUGCAUGGCGGUGAGGUUAAAUUCACAGUUUUGUGUGGAAUCAACGGUUGUACAAACAGCUACAACCAGUUUGCAUCCUACAAGUCCCAUAUUUAUCGUUGCCACAGGGAUGUGCUGUUUAACACUGGAAGUAGUUUCAGCAGUGAGAGAAGAAAUGAUGACCCCCGAGGCUUCCCAAGCACUGACAAAAAUCGUGCCUAUGACGAUGUCGACGAACUUGCUUCAAGUUUACAGUCAGAAGCAAGUGCAAGCAGUACCAGAUCCCCAAAGAGAAAGCAGUUAGAAGAUUUCGUUGCAGAAGCCAAAGCUGCCAUCUGGAACUUCUUUUUCAAUGUCACUAAAAAUCACAAGCUGCCCCACAGCGUAGCCACAAAAAUCUUUGGGGACCUACAACUUGUUUUCGAGAACAUCAUCAAGGCAUUUGCCGAUGAAAUCGCAGCCAAGAUUGAUGUGUCCGCCCUGCCUUCUGACGUCAUCUCACUCCUGGGAUGUUCGUUCUUGCCCGACCUUUUCAAGGGCAUCCAGAGUAAGCACUUGCGGGAACAAUAUGCCAAGACAAACUUUCCAUAUGUGGAACCGGAAAGCUGUGAGCUCGAUACUGAAGGCGGUGGAUAUCACUACGUGCCAAUCCCCAGACUCCCCAGAAAGCUCUGCGAGGUUCCUGACAUUGCUGGUGAGCUUGUUACACCACAAGCACGCUGUGAUGACGCUGAGGUGUACAGGGACUUCUCUGAUGGGCUCUUGUUCCGAGACCUUAAAGACCUCAUCCGUGAAGGGGACCAGUAUACCAUUUUUAUUUUGUUAUACUUUGACGAAGUAGAAAUCUGUACCCCGCUGGGAGCAAAGCGUGGAGUUCACAAACUGCUCGCAGUGUAUUUCACACUGCUGAAUCUCCACACGAGGCACAGGUCCCAGUUGAGGUUCAUUUUCCUGGUGCUCCUUGCAAGGUAUGAGGACGUACAGGAGUAUGGCUUAGACGUCAUCCUUCGUCCUUUGCUUAAUGAUCUCAAGGAACUGCACUCUUGUGAAGUAAUGUUCACCAGCAGAGGUGAAACACACAAUGCACAUGUGUUUGUUUUCGGUGUGUGUGGUGACAAUCUUUCAAUGAACCGCCUUGGAGGUUUUACGUGUUGUUUCAGCCAAGGCAGGGUGUGUCGCUUCUGUAUGGCAACAUCCGGCAAACUUUCAAACCUAACAACAGAGGACUUCUGUGCGCUGCGUUCAGCUGAAGCAUACCAGCAGCACCUUCAAGCGAUCACUGUCAACCCCAAGCAAAACAAGAGAAUGUAUGGUGUGAAUGAACGAUCCCCAAUGCUGGAACUGCCAUAUUUUGAUGUCACACGCCAAUUGCCUCCUGACCUGAUGCAUGACAUUUUGGAAGGGGGCUUCGAGACGGUUCUUCGACAAGUUCUGAAAGGGCUAGUUGACGAUGGCAUACUGGCGUACAGCGACUUAGAUUACAUUACUUCAUUCGAGUAA